ACCCCGGAGUGCUGUUACCAUAGAUACUGGCGGGGGGAGGGGUGGAGUUUAGAGGAAGCGGAAGUGUUAGCGCAGGCGGAAGUGGUACUGCCCUGAAAAUCCCAAGCAGCGAACGGAGGACAGCUUGGUACUCCCAUCGUUUAGAGAAAAAGCAGGAUUCAAAAUACAAGCUAAAUCCUCGACAUGGACAAGAACGACCUGGUACAGAAGGCUAAGCUGGCCGAGCAGGCCGAACGCUAUGACGACAUGGCGGCGGCGAUGAAAGCGGUGACGGAGCAGGGCGGCGAGCUCUCCAACGAGGAGCGCAACCUGCUGUCGGUGGCCUACAAGAAUGUGGUGGGGGCGCGUCGCUCCUCCUGGCGCGUCAUCUCCAGCAUCGAGCAGAAGACCGAGGGCAACGAGAAGAAGCAGCAGAUGGCCCGUGAAUACCGCGAGAAGAUUGAGGCCGAGCUGCAGGACAUCUGCAAGGAUGUGCUGGCACUCCUCGACAAUUACCUCAUUGCCAAUGCAACUCAGGCAGAAAGCAAGGUGUUCUAUCUUAAAAUGAAAGGUGACUACUACAGAUAUCUGUCUGAGGUGGCAUCUGGAGACUCAAAGAAGACCACAGUGGAGAACUCCCAGCAGGCCUACCAGGAGGCAUUUGACAUCAGCAAGAAGGACAUGCAGCCGACACACCCCAUCAGGCUGGGCCUCGCUCUCAACUUUUCCGUCUUCUAUUACGAGAUCCUGAACUCCCCCGAGCAGGCCUGCAGUUUGGCGAAGGCGGCUUUCGACGAAGCGAUCGCUGAGCUUGACACCUUGAACGAGGACUCUUACAAAGACAGCACCUUGAUCAUGCAGCUACUAAGGGACAACCUCACUCUGUGGACAUCAGAAAACCAGGGUGACGAGGGGGAUGCCGGCGAAGGGGAGAACUAAAGGCGUUGCACAUCACUGUUAAUCCACCCACUCUUCUUUUACACAUAUACAGCCCAUACAUCCCUGCUCCAUCCAGCCCCCUCCCUUUCUGUAUGACAAGCAGCAUGAAUUGUACCUGACCUACCAGUUGUGCCCUUUCUCAGAUAUGCUCAGUUGUUAACAAGCAGAGUAUUGUUUUGUGAGGAUAAAAGAAAAAUACAUUUACCCAGUUGAGUGGCAAGGCCAUUCAACCCCCCCCCUUUGAUUCUCUCCUAACAUUUCAUAAAGAUAUGUUCUUUCACCUAGCAAGAUAUGCAUUUAUAGUAUCCUUUUUUGCUUUGCUAGUGUACUGGCGAUUGCUGGUUUUUAUUCAAAAAGGUCAUUAAACUGUCCGUUUAUUUUCAACAAACACUGUGAUGCUUAGUUUUUCUCUACAUAAUCACAAAUAAAUUCUGGUCGCUAAAAUUCAGUACUGUAUGUAGCAGUGCAAUUCUGCUGUGGCCUCAUAGAGAAUGGUAGAAGAGGUUGUAUUGUGACACUGACUAACAUGCAUAUUGCUGUGUAUUGUAUAUUUUAUUUUGGAUCUGGAACUAAAAUGAAUACAAGGGACCCUAGGUUUUGCCAUUGAAUGCAUGUCCAGCUGAAGAAGAAGAAAAAAACAUUCCAUUAGAACCUAACAUUAAAGGUAGACUCAUCGAAGUAACGUUGCCACACGCAGCACUGCAGAUAUUGAGAUGAGCAAGACGCAAGACUUUGGUCUUACACGGUCACACAGUAUCUGUGCAUGCGCACGGGUUUGCUUCACAUUGUUAGUGUGGUAGGUACGAGACCAAAACAGAGUAAAAGUUGAGCUCCCACUUCAACGCUCUUAGUUGCGGAAAUAGACCCACUAUGCUGUUUACUUUCUGCAUCGACGUCAUUUCGCUGAGUCUACCUUCAAGAUGUUAUAAAAAAAAAAUGAACAAACCGGAGCAUUCUCCUAAUGUUAUGUACUAGAACAGUUGACAAAGGUGCUGUUUGACAUUAGUAUAAUGAUACUAUUUUGUUCUUAAAUGUUACUUUUUUGCUUUGCGUAAUAAUGACUCGCACAUUGGUUCAAAACUGUAAAUUGUAAACCCUUUUAAAGUACAUUUAAAUCUGUCUUAAAUUUUGUUGUUAACCUGCUUGCAAAGAAACACCUUAAAGCUGUUUUACGUUGAACUUUUACAUAUUGGUUAUUAAAGCCUAUCUUGAAGGCCUUAUGCUGACAGUCCAAACUGACCAGUCAAAAGUUUGAUAUCAUUUCAUAAAGGAAACGAUAUCUAAGAGAAUGCAUGCUCUUGCCCACGAAGAGUGUGUAAGCAAGUCCCCUAAUGUAAGUUGUGUCAUAGUCAGAGAUGGCAUUGAUGCUUUUGUUUAUCUCCAGACUUAAGGGUCUAUCAGAGGAGACCAUAUUGUAGUGGAAUGCGGUCAGUGGAUGGGUUAGAUUGUGGAGUAGCGCAAGGAACUUGUAGAAGUAGCUGAAUUCACUCAGUGUCACAAUUCUUUGUCAUCACCAUAACAUUCCACUUAGGUGUUGAAUUCAUCUGGUUCAGUCUUGCUGAAGACAAUGUUUCAUGCACUGAAGAAAGAUCUCCCCCUUAGCUGAAUAAAUGGCAGUUAUUCUACGCUUAAUUAAAAAAAAUGCAGUAGUGAAUGUGGAACCGAGCCUGUCUGUAUAUCUGGUAUCUCCAAUUGCAUUGUUUUUACUGACCAGUAUUCUGCCUAAAGUUUGCUUCUGUGAUGGUUUAUAUUGCCUAGCGCGCACGUGGUUGUGAAAAUUUAGAAUAGCAUUAAAACAAAAAUACACAAAAAAAACAACCCCUGGUUAUUGACGUAAUACUAGAUUUGUAUGUCUUUUAAAACAGUUCUAGUUUCACCCUACAUGUUAUCAGGAAAGUGUAAAAGACAAUUUAAAGUGAAAUAAAAGUUUUAUCAGUU